GAAGAAUGUGCCGUUAAAAAGACGGGUCAAAGAGUAAACAACAAGAGGAGGAAGGGGAGGACUUCAAAGCCAGGAAGGAUGAGUUCUUGCAGCAACGUCUGUGGGUCCAGGCAGGCACAGGCUGCUACCGAGGCUGGGUACCAGCGCUACGGAGUCCGGUCCUACCUGCACCAGUUUUACGAGGACUGUACCUCCUCGAUCUGGGAGUAUGAGGAUGAUUUCCAGAUCCAGAGAUCACCUAACAGGUGGAGCUCAGUAUUCUGGAAGGUCGGACUCAUCUCAGGCACAGUCUUCGUGGUUCUCGGAUUGACUGUUCUGGCAGUGGGCUUUCUUGUGCCCCCUAAAAUCGAAGCGUUUGGCGAAGCUGAUUUCAUGGUGGUCGAUACGCACGCUGUCCAGUUCAACGGUGCCCUUGACGCAUGCAAGUUGGCAGGAGCCAUUCUCUUCUGCAUUGGGGGCACGUCCAUGGCAGGGUGCCUGCUGAUGUCGGUGUUUGCAAAAAGCUACUCCAAAGAAGAAAAAUUCCUUCAGCAAAAGUUUAAAGAGCGAAUUGCAGACAUCAAAGCCAACACCCAGCCCAUUACAAAAGCUCCGGGCCCAGGAGAAACAAAGAUUCCGGUCACUUUGUCCAGAGUUCAAAAUGUCCAGCCUCUAUCAGCAACCUGAAAUCUUCCACACCCCAGUCCUCCCCUCUGAUUUACACACAUUGAUGUUAAAAGAAGCACGCCAGUUUUGGGGGAUGACAAGGAUUUGGUGUUGACCUGGGCUGUGCUGGGCUGUAGGCAGUGUGGUAUGUGAGCUCACACCUGCACAGUCUGGGUGGCUCUGGUGAAGGCUGAGGCCACUCGUCAUCCCAUGCACAGGCAUCCAGCUGCUUCUGUGUGCCCACCAGGACCCUGUGGAACCCCUCUUUCAUAUAUUGUGACUUCGUGUUAUUUUCCGUGUUAUUUGAAAGCGCUGAACAGUUUAGACCAGCCUACCAACAACUAACGUGGUUCGUUUUCUUUUCUAAUUUUGAUUUUUCUAAUCUUUCUUGCAUAGUGCUGUCUUCCAUUUCUGUCUCAUCAUGUGUAAGAUAUUGUCCUGUGUGCUCAUAGAAACAUGAAAUUCUCUGAUUUUGA